ACGUUGCCCGUGUCUCGCCCACAUUCGUCCGCAUCUUCUCUCGUCGCCAAAGCAACUCGCUCCCCCUCACCAACCUCCCCCGCGCGUCGCCGACACUCGCGAGGGUUUCUCCGGUCCCAUCUCGCCGGUGCGAUCGUCUCUCUCGAAGGUCUUCGCGGGAGCUGAAGCAUGGAAUCGGCCGCCGCAGCAGCAGCAGCAGCAGCAGCCUUUCGGUCGCCGGCCGGCGCGCCGAGGCCUUCGCCGUGCGUGCCUAGAUCGGGCGUUCUGGCGGCCAACGGGCCUGACUUUGUGCGGUUCGGCGCCGGACUGACCGCCUCGUCGAAGCAGCAUCACACUUCAAGUAUUCGCUCAAGGGCAGGCCCUAAGAGAGUGGCCGUGGGAAGCAGGAGAUGUGUGGUUGUUAGAGCGUCGGCUUCUUUUGAAUCGGCGGGUUCUAGUGCUCCUAUUGCACCACUUAAGCUGGAAUCACCCAUUGGGCAGUUUCUAUCGGAGAUCUUAGUGAGCCAUCCACAUCUUGUGCCUGCUGCAGUUGAGCAGCAGCUUGAACAGCUCCAAACCGACCGCGAUGCUGAGAUAGAAAAGGAAGAACCUUCUGCUUCUGGUACCGAGCUGGUUUUGUACAGGAGAAUUGCUGAGGUAAAGGCUAAUGAAAGGAGAAAGGCUCUGGAAGAGAUACUGUAUGCAUUGGUGGUGCAAAAAUUCAUGGAUGCAAAUGUGUCCUUGAUUCCGUCGAUAAAUUCUCCUUCUUCAGACCCUUCAGCUCGAGUUGAUGGUUGGCCCGCUCAAGGAGAGACGCUGGAGGAGCUUCACUCUCCUGAAGCCUAUGAGAUGAUCCAAAAUCAUCUGUCUCUCAUUUUGGGAAACCGCUUGGGUGAUACUACUUCCGUUGCUCAGAUAAGCAAAAUCAGGGUUGGACAGGUCUAUGCAGCGUCAGUGAUGUAUGGGUAUUUCCUCAAGCGGGUUGACCAGAGAUUUCAGCUUGAGAAAACAAUGAAAAUUCUUCCUAGUGCGUCAGACGAUAAUGAGGUUAAUAAUGUUCAGCGAGUUUUUGGAGAAGACAGAAAGCCAAACACUGGAGAUGCUUCUUUCGCAACAGUGCAGUCGCAUCCUGAAGUUUCAUCAUGGUCUGGCGGCAUGACCCCCGGGGGUUUUGGUAAUGGAAUAAAACCCUCCAGGUUGCGUACCUACGUGAUGUCCUUUGAUGGAGAGACACUUCAAAGAUAUGCAACGAUUAGAUCGAAAGAAGCUGUGAGCAUCAUUGAGAAGCACACGGAGGCCUUGUUUGGAAGACCUGAGAUUGUCAUAACACCUGAGGGUACGGUAGAUUCUUCAAGGGAUGAGCUUAUCAAGAUCAGCUUUGGUGGUUUGAAGAGACUUGUCCUGGAAGCUGUAACUUUUGGUUCUUUCCUCUGGGAUGUUGAGAGCUUCGUUGAUUCCAGAUAUCAUUUUGUGACAAAUUGAAGCAUGUUUGCUGGCGAUUGUGCGGGGCAAUAUCCGAUGAGGUUGCACAACUGGCUAUCUUGGACAAGACAGUGUAACACGUCGGUGAUAGAUCUGGCUAUAGCUUCUGCUACUUGUCUGUACAUAUGCAUGGGAUUGUUCUUGCUAAGGAUUGAAGAAAGUCAAAUUAUGCAAUUACUCAUCCGGUUGCGUUUUUGGAAACUACUUUCUGCUUUGAUCCUCGAAUAUGUUAUAUGAAAUGGUAUUCAUAGACAUGUGAAGUUGCUGAUCAAUUAUUUGCUGGUGAUUGAGAAGCCGAAGAAAUUCAAAGUCCGGAGAGAAAAAUCAAUGUCUAAUUAUGAGAGCUUAGGAGGAGGAAAAACUUGUACGAUUAUGAUGACUGUGUCGUUGAAACAAACUUGCUGAGUACUAAUUAACCUGCAAUAUCCCAUAGGCGUGUUUUGUUUA